AUGCGCCAAAGUGUUAAAAAUCUUUGUCUAAUAACGCACGAAGUGCGCUUGAUCGAGAGCUUGCGUGGUCUCUAUAGCGCGCGUUUUUCUAAAACUGGUGAAAUUAUAGCAGCAGGUUUUGGGAACGGCAGUAUUCAGAUUCGUAAUGGUGAAACUGGCGAGUUGGAGGGAACACUCAAAUCUGGUUUGGAAAGUUCCAUGCCGAUUAUGUGCUGUAGAUUUAAUCCAAUCUACAGCGAAAUUUUUUAUGCCUCCAGUGCCUGCGGAAUUAUAUUUAUGUGCAACACGUACACAGAAGAAUUUUCCAAAUUUACAUUUGAGCCGAAGAACGAGGUAAACGCAAUAGAUGUUAGUAUUACUGGAGAUUAUCUGGUUUCUUGUGGUAAAGACGCAGCUGUUCGACUUUACAAUACACAAACUGCUCAAUUGAUAUUAACGUACAAAAAGAAAGAUGUUUUUACAGAAAGUAAAGCCGCUAACUUUCAUCGAAUGAGAAUAUUUGCCGCAAGAUUUCACAAAGAGUAUCCCGAUCUAAUUAUAACUGGUGGCUGGGACCAAACUGUUAGGAUUUGGGAUAUCAGAGUCCCGAAUGGUUCAAUAAGAAUUAUUAAAGGUCCUCAUAUAUGCGGCGAUGCCAUCGACAUGCAUAAAACGUGCAUCCUUACAGGCUCGUGGAUAGUACGCGAUAGUCUGCAAAUAUGGGAUCUGAUGAGCGCAAAACUCAUCGACACAAUAAAUCCAUAUAACAGACCGUCGACUUUGAACGGCGAGUUUCUUUACGCAGUGCAAUAUUUCAACGGAGAUCCUCACGGCGAUCUCGUCCUGGCUGGAGGUUCCGGUAUUGGCGGAGUUGAAAUAAUUAGUUUAAGAGAAAAGAAGGUAAUGGGAAGUUUCGAUGCAAUCAAGCCAAUAUUCACCAUAGAUAGUUAUCAAACUGCAAUAAUAUUCGGUGGCAUAGAAUCUGUGAUAAAGCUUGGAGAUUACAAUUUUUCUAACUAA